GUAACACUAUUUUUCUAAUCACACCGGGAUUAUGACAGACGCUGGCUUCUUCAAGGGUACGAGUGCUGAGCAAGAUGCCAGGUUCGCUGAUAAAAAGAAAAAGUUAAUGAAAACUAUGAAAUUCGGAGAAAACUUGGCUCAAAAGGCAUGAGCUCUAUUUGUCAUUUAUUUCCAGGUUGACAUGUCCAAAAUUAAUUUGGAGUCUAUAAGACCAUGGAUUGUUAAACGUAUAACAGAGCUUUUAAACUUUGAGGAUGAGGUCGUCUGUGAUUACAUUUUCAACCAACUGGAGGAGCGCGUCUUUUGGGAUGCACAUCGACAAACAAUGGUGGAACUCAGGUCUCCUGCGACGCACUGAGUGCGCUGCCGGUACACAUUUGAGCUUGUCUGAAAAUCUAUUAAUUUAAUAAUUAAUUCUCAUUGUCAGUUAAUUGGGUAUUCGCUUCCCCAACUUAUGUGUUAUUUUCUGUUCCUUCUAGCAUCCAGACCCAAAGGAAAUCCAGAUUAAUAUAACGGGAUUUUUAAACAGCAAAAAUGCGAGGGUGUUUUUGUCCGAACUAUGGGAUUUAUUGUUAUCUGCCAUGCAGACACCAGAUGGCGUUCCUGCAGCUUUUCUGGAGGCCAAGAAAGAAGAGAUCGCAAAGCGUCAGGUAAUCUUUCGGUUAGAAACUUGAAAAAGUCUGUACUUGAUUAUGUGCUAAACUACUAUUUUAUUGAAUAUCAAAAUUUAUUCUAAAUAUAAAUUCGGUCAUUUUACUUAGGUAUUACUAUUAUUGGUCGAAAGUGUGGAACUAUCUAACUCGGUGAAAACGGCGCCCAUCAGGAUUAACACAGGCUCACCAGCCUACUAUCCUUAUUACUGAAGACUGUAUUAAGGCUCUAAUUGCAUAUUAAUCUAGGUUGUGUGUGUCGAUAAUAACCGUUUGAAUUCUAUCUGUUCAUUUAGUAAAAUUAAUUUCCCAACUAAUUACGGUACAUAGUUGACACUAUCCUCGUAUUGUCCUACCAUCACUCCUAUCACAAUGAUUUAUUUGGGAGUUUACUAUUCUGGAUUCUAUCAAAUUCAAGGUAUGUCUCAAUGAAGCUGUUCGACUUUUGGCAACUAAGUAGCAGGUCUUAACCCCAAUUCAACUCUGCGGCCCAUAGCCAUGUACACAAAUUUGUGCCCGGUAAAUGAGUUGCUCAGGCUUCAAAAAUAAAACUGAUAUCUUAAAAGCAUGUCAUCUUAGUUACCGUAAGAUAAUCGUAUUUUUUGGAAACAUUCCACCUCUCAAAUCAAAAACAGCAAUCGAUAUUUCCUGUUAUGAUUUCUAACUAGUGGAUCGUGCAUGUCUUUUUUGACAGCAUCAGCUUUGAUGUAAAUAAAACUUUGGCAUUUUGGAGAAUUACCAGAAGCCGCUAUCUGCCUUAUCAUAUUUGCUUAUGAACAUAUCUACUAUCUAUUAAUUACAAAACCGAUGCAAUCGGUUUUGAACCUAAAAGCUCACAAAUUACACUGAGUUAUCUGGUUUAUGUUAACGUCAGAAAAAACAGAUGUCAAUAUUUGAUCUUAUCGUUUCAUUGGUCAUCUUACGGUUGAGUAAUUGAUAAAUGCUAUUUCGUCUCUUUUUCAGGAGGACGAAAAGUUUGUUCUCGAAAUGAGAAAGAGGGAAAAUGAGCUAAUUCAGAAAGGAACUAAUCGAACGUCUAACAUGAGUUCCGAACAAAUAGAUAAUCAGAAGCGCGUUUCGUCUGUCAAAAGCAAUGGAGUAGCAGAAUCUGAAGAGCCGGAAAGUAUGCACUUUUGUGGUAGUUGUCCAUCUGGAACUUUUAGUAUCCAUAUGUGAUGAGACAGAAAAAUGUUAUAAUCUAAAGAUUUACAUAAUCGACUGUCAAUCACAUCAUCUCAUAUUUAAAGCUUCCAGUUUGCAAACAACAGGUUACAAUUUCUAUGACCUUGGGGCAUCUACACUGCUUGAGGAGCUAAAUCUAACUUACAAAAGUGUUUCUAGAAACAGAUACAUAAACAUGUAAAUUUUAAGGUUCACUACUUGGUUCUAUCCUUUCAAGUUUCAGAAAAGACUUGAGUGGUUCUAUUGUCAGCAAUUCGUCAGUCAUCAGUUGGGAUUAAUUUAGAGCUCGACUCGAAUGUGCGUUGGCCCAAGUUGGCAUGUUACGUUGGUACGGUGUAAUUAAAUUUACAAGAUAAAUAGCGAAAGAACCAAGGUAUUGUAGUGGCAGACAAUGAGAAUGACUAAGCAUUGAUAAUGCUCAAAGGGACAAUACAUAGGGAAAUACUGGAACUUAAUUCGUAGGGUAAAAUAAAGGAUAAAUGCAUCUACAUUGCAACUGGUUGAGUCACAUCAAGCAACAUCUUUGACCAAUGAAUUGGUUGGUGCACUCAAUUACCUCACUUCAUAUCGUUAGUUAAGGUGUUGAUUUUGAGCAUUGGUAAGGAAGCAUAGGUGUGAAAAAUGUUAAUGAAAAUGAUCAAAAUUGUCAUGAUUUCUCUCCAUAUGGUAAUCAUUUGGAUCUUAACAACUGCGUAAUGUAAUCAUAACAGUUAAAUUCUUCUUUCCAAUAGUUGGGCCUUUCUUUACGUUUUUUCAAUCCAGAUAUUACGAUAUCUCAAUAUUUUAUACGAUUUUAUCUGAUCAUCAGUUUACGGAUUUAUCUCAGAGCCGAUUGGUUUAUAUCAGAGAAUCUAUCCGACUUCGUCAAAUGAGCUGGUCUACCAGACUUUAUUGAUGGUUUAUAAACCUAUUUGUCGUGCUCUGGAGUUAAUGAUCUUAAUUUAAAUUAGUGAAACAGCUAGAAAUUUAAGUUCAUUUAAAACUUGACACCACACACUGACCGGUAGUAUAUCUUGUCACAUUGUAACAUUAAUUUCAGAAACAGCUAAUUAUAUUCUUAGUAUUUUCGACCUAAAAUUGCCAACACGACAUCUAGAUGACAAAAAGACUCACCAGUCUUAUAAAUCAAACAUCUCCAUCUUCAAAUGACAUAAUCCCCAUUCAAACAUUAAAACACGAAGUUUAGCGAAAAGAUCCCUUUUCGACGAAUUUAUUUUCAAGCUGUACAGUCAUAUAUAUACAGCUGGCUGUCACGCAUUACAUGCAUAUCACUAGUACAAAGGUUUUGGCCCUCGCACUUCAUAACACAAAUAGAUAUAUGCCCUCCUUCAGUAAAGGUUGAUGGUCAUCUCUCAGUAUUUGCUGCCAUAUUUUUUAUCAUGUUUUCAAUUCGAAGGAUUAUGCCAGUGAUUUUAUUUAACAUAUGGCAGACAUUUUUUCAGCUUACGUUCUCCCGCAUGUAUACAUAAACCAAACAAGUUGAAACUCAUGCAGUUUAUGUACAUAAGCAUACACAUCGAGCAGCAUGCGAGAAUUUAGUCCUACAAAGUGAAAUCCAGUUUAUUCGGCUUACAAAAGAGUAGUGGAUUGGUCCGAUCUCAUCGGUCACCCAAACUAACUAGUAAAGUUUCCCUCACUACCUGACCACCACGUGAAGGCUUUAAGUCGGAUUUAGCUGUCUAGCCACGGGUAAUGCUCUUUUCACCCUAAAAACACAUGUGACUUUCAAUUAUUUUCCUACCAUGCUUAUCUGAUGCUAUAAAGAUUAAAGUAUACUCAUCAGAAUCAUCGUAUCUAUUUUGCCAGCUUUUACCAAUCGCAACCGUUCUACUUCACGAACAGCAUCACCAGCCCCUCAACCACCAACUACUACAGAAAGUCGUGAGAAACUUGUAAGUAUUUUAUUUUUAAAUUAUCGCUUUUCCAUUUGUUUUUUUAAUCUUAACUAGAUUUGUAGGUAUCAUUAUUUUCAUAUUCGGGUGGUAUUGCAACCUUUCACGUCAUACCACUUUAUGUUAUGUCGACUUAUAGCUGCUUGCAAUUGUUCCAACACACUAUUAUUAAGUCUGAUAACGUUUGCCGGCACGUUAUGAUGCAACUUUUAAUGAAUAAUAGUUUCAUCUAUAAACAAGCUUAAUGUCUUUUGAUGACUGGAAUUUUAGGAUGGAGCAACUAGUCGAACUGCUCAUCGAGAUGAAACGAGUUCGUCGCGUUCCCCUGAACAACACCGUCGCCGUCGUCAUCAUCACCACUCUCCUGAGAGAUGUCCGGUUGACACAAGACGCCGUAGAUCACAUUCACGCACUCGUCAUCGUCGUCAGCGUUCCAAAUCUCGCUCCAAGCUGGUGCAAAAGCCGUAAGUGAUACUAAAUGCAAAUUUAAUGAGUAUAUUUCUUAAAUUCACUUUAUGUUAAAAUUAUGUCAAAAUUUAUUAUAUCUGUUUAGUCUUGUUAACACGUCCAGCAAGUUUUGCAUUCCCACCUAGAAAUUUAUCUGGUACAUCACUGAUAAUACUUUUUUCUUUUAAAUAGGAAAUCACCUGUCACUGACUGGAGAAAAGACUUGAUGGCCGGUAGACGUCGCAGUCCACCGGAAAUGCCUGAGAGUAGUUAUUAUGGAAACGAAAAACGUUCAAAAGGCCAUAAGCAUUCCAAAAAACACGAUAAACAAAGACAUGGUAACAGUCAUUCACACAAAUCUCACAAAAGGUCUCCGUCUCACAACGCAGACUAUUAUCGACCUCGCAAGCAUACUCAUAAUUCUGGAUCCCGACACCAUAACAUAGUCGAAGUUAACGAGAGAGAUCAAAGAUCAGGUUGUUUAGAACAAUCAAGAAAAGAUGGUUUUGCUGAAAACUACAGAAAAUAUGAAGGUCCUGACCUACCUUCUCAUUAUGAUUAUCGUUCGUCUAGUAGAUACAGACAUGAUGCUGAAUCACACGGUCGCAACGCAAGCCCAGAACCAAGCCGCGCGCGCGAUAGAGAAUCUGAUUGGCAUCUCAGAGAUCAUGAUCACCGACAUAGUCACCAUCCUAGUCACAUAAAAAGAAGAGAAACCUCAUCUGGACACGAAAAUCUAUCCUUUGAAAGACGCCAGUAUCACCGUUUACCGAGUCCUGAAGGGCCGUCAUUGCCCCCAAAUAUUUCCAAAAGACCUUCAGAUUCUAGGAUAAUCGAAGGAGUCCCCAGUAAGCGUACAAAACGUGAGACAUCUGCUUCGUCAAGCAGCUCAUCAACCAGCAGCAGCAGCUCUAGUAGUAGUGGUAGUAGUAGUAAUAGUAGUAGUAGUGGAAGUUCCAGUAGCAAUGAAAGCGAAAGCGAAGGAAAUGGAGAAGAAUCUAAAAAGCCACAAAUUAAAAUCCCAAAGAAAGAACCCACCCCUGAAGGUCCUGCUCUCCCUCCAGAGCUGGAGGUAUCUCAACCUGAGGGUCCUGCUCUUCCUCCGGAUGUUGAACUCGCCGUAGAGUGGUCGGAAAACCCAGCCCAUUCUGGAUCUACAUCCCCAAGUUCGACAACUUCAGGAUCUUCUACUGGUGACGAACACAGUGAGGAAUCGGGAUCAAGUUCAAGUGAUAGUGAUAGUGGCAGCAGUAGUAGUAGUGGUACCGGUAGUAGCAGUAGCAGUGAAAGUGAUAAUGAAGCCAACACGAAACCUCAUAAAUCUGAAAGAAACGGUAAACACCCUAAAAGUCUUGGAAAUCAUAUGUCUCCUGAAGGUCCUGCUUUACCUCCUACCUCUAGCUCUAAUUCACAUAAGAGGAUUGACCCCCAUGAAUCAGUUGAAGAGGUUUUACGUCGACGGGCUUUGGAGUCUUUACUUCGGAGCUCACAAAAACUCCGCGGUUCUCCUUAGAUGGAAUGAGUCGAUUGCCAUUGAUUUGUGGAUUAAAUUUUACAAUAUUUUCCUCUUUUUCAUUAUUUGAGACAACACAUACUUUUUCCGGUUUAAAUAAAUAGGAAAUAAAUGUAAACAAAAGCUGGGUCAUUUUCCUAAAAAUUCUUCAAUAUGAUCAGAUAUCUUCAUAAUAAACCAGUGUAUUGUCAGUUGUCGAAUUUCCUUUAACCCCCUUUUGUAUAGACACCCCAAAAAUUCAUAAAUUAUGUUUUGUUGGAAUGAAUGUUAAAUUGUAUUUUUUUGUUGUUGAAGAAUUGCAUGUCUUAAUUAUACUGGGUUUUAUAAUAUGCAAUGUUUAUAUAACUAAACAAAUUGAAAAUAUACUCUUUCAUGAUC